AUGGAAGAGGUUUGGAAGAGAGCACUCACGCCUGAGCGAAUAGCCUACCUGGCGCAGUCCCGGAUUCCGGAGAUCAUCGUAUGUGACACGCUGCUCCUCGUGUUCGCGACCGGCGGGCUGCUGGUGCGUCUCUGGGUCCGGAUGCGAUACCUUGCUGGGGUCAAUUUUGAUGAUUUAUUAUGUGUAACCAGUUGGGUCUUUACGUGUGUUCUGUGCGUUGUUUGCAUGUGUAUGACAAAGUAUGGGCUCGGUAAGCACAUUGGGACGGUGCAAAGCUUCGAUGAUCGGGGAAUGUUUCUCAAGCUCAACUUCGUCACCAUGCUCGCCUAUGUCCUCGCCCUCGGUGCUAUCAAGAUCUCCUUCUGCCUGCUCUAUCUACAUAUUUUUCCAGGGGAGAAGUUUCGCCUUGCCUGCUGGAGUAUAUUGGCCAUUCUGGUUGCUGAGACGCUCGAAGAAACUCUUGUGGUUAUCUUUCAAUGUCAGCCCAUCCACAAGGCAUGGGACCCUACCGGCCUCGUCGAGGGCAAGUGCGUGGACAUGACGCUCUUUUACUACAUCAAUUUUGGGAUCAAACUAGCCACUGACCUGGCCCUUUUCGUGAUGCCCGUGCCCAAACUUAUGCAGCUGAAGAUGACGGUGGGCAAGCGUGUAGGACUGGUGGUGAUGUUCAGUCUGGGUCUCCUGGUAUGCGUGACAAGUAUUAUUCGCGUCACCUAUAUGAACUCAUUCAAGGAUGACCACACCUGGGCAUUGGUCGGAGCCAUGAACUGGUCUUGCGUGGAAGUCGCAGUGGCCAUUUUUAUUGCAUGUAUUCCCUCAUUCAAAUCGCUCGUUACGUACCGCUUUCCCGCUCUACAGCGCCUGCUCGGCCUCUCUAGCAAGGACGACUCAAUGAGCCCGUCGAAGAUGUACGGGACUUCUACGCAUCGGACGUUCAAUGGCUUAUCAAUUAAAGGGCACAAUAGCGUCAAGCUGAAACCGGUGACAGGAUACAGCAGUGCAGGUGUAGAAACAAGUCACUAUGGGUCACAGGAGCGCAUCGUGCAUGAGGGCAUUCAAGUUACUACCGACGUGCGCGUCAAUGAGAGUGUCUGA